AUGUCUACUCCAAAGCACUCUAUCACCUUUACAUUCAAGCUCUCGUCCGGCUCUUCUGAGUCUACCUUCGGACCUCGAGUCGGUGUCGCGUCGAUCAUCCGGCCAGGCGAAGCACCCCUAGAAUUGCCCACGCCCGGACUCAUCACCUCCACCGUCCGAGGCGUAGUCCCGCAUCUAGCGCGCGACACCCUCCGUGCUACAGAUGCGAUCAAAUGGUUGGAUGUGCCAUUUGAGACCUUCCUAGAGAGCAAUCCACCAGUCCCCACGCUCCAAAACGGUUCCAAAGCCCUACACAAGUUUCUCAGUUUCAAAAACGACAAACAUGUCGUGUCCAUGACACUCCGAGAUCCAUUUGACACGCGCGAUAUGCCAUCCAAUGAGGCCGGGUUCGUCAACGCGUUCUGUAUCAGGGGCGUUCGCAAGUGCACACCCGAUGACUGGAGGAGAUACAUCCUGGCAUGCGAUCCUGACAUCGUAUACGCCCUCUCCGACAUACCGUUCACCUCCAUCCCGCCCUCCCAACGCCGCAUCACAAAAUCCAUCGAACGCUCCCUCUCCUGGCUCGCACACAUCCUCGCACCACUAGAUCCCCUCGACACCCCCACCUCCCGCCCGCACCUAAAUGUCUUUGCGCACAUGGCCGGACACAUUGUUCCGGAAGCGCGUCGAGCUUUCGCGGAAUCUCUGAAGGAGAAGCUAUACGGCAAGGAGCUCGACGCGAUCAAACCGUUCAAAACGCUGGACGAGGGCGUAGUGGGCUACACCUUCGACCUUGCACCCCUUCACAAGGCACUCUCGCCGCCUGGUCCUCUUACGCAUACGCCCUCUUCAACAUCCCUAAACGUCCGUGGCACGCUGGUCGAGCUCGACUCCAACCCUAACGUCCCCACGCCUUCGACCAUCGACAAACUCGUACCCUUGCUCCAAGCUUCUCUAGCGCCUUUGCCGGUCGAGAAGCCGAGGAUAGCGCACUCAGCUGGAUCGCCGCACGAGAUGCUGAUCUUGAUACGGGACGUCGGGAUGGACUUGUUCGACGCGCACUGGGCUCAACGCGCCGCGGACGUCGGAUUGGCGCUCGACUUCUCCUUCCCCGCACCCGCGUCCUCCUCCGACGCGGCAAAUACGAAGAGGGAUCUAGGGCACAACCUCUACGACACGGCCUACACGCGUGACUUCUCGCCAUUAGCAGACUGUUUCGCACCUGGCUGUGCACCACCAGACGAUGCGCGACCGAAGUGCGGCUGCAUGGCGUGUACCGUCCGCGCGCCUACGAGCGUUUUGCGACACAGCUCCAUCGACCCCCCACAAGAGUACCCAACGUCCUACUUCUACUCCCGCGCCUACCUGCACCACCUCCUCCACACGCACGAGAUGUCCGCCUCUUCAUUCCUCGUGACGCACAACAUCACCGUCUUAUCCUCGUUCUUGGCCGGCGUGCGGGAUGUGUUGGCUCACAGGUCGAAGGAGGAGUUUGAAAGGGAGACAGAGAGGUUCUUGGAGGUUUAUGAUGGGGAGUUGAAGGUGCUUGCGCGGGGGAGGGUGCAGUGGGCUGAGGUUGAGCUUGCGAGGGGACGGGGGAGGUUGGCGAGGGAAAAGGAGAAGCAGGGGAAGGAUACGUUGGGGACUGCUGUUGAGCUCGAUGAUUAG